AUGCACUGCAUGAUCUACUUCCUCGCCGCCGCUGUUGCAGUAUUGGCUAAUGGCCAAGUGCAGAACUCUGGCUACGAAGACGCCGAGCAAGUUCAACCUGCUCCAGCUCCAGUGAGCUCCGACGGUGGAGAUCAGCAAGCCUACAACUCUGAUGCUGCUGCCCCAGUAGCUCCUCCUCCUCCACCUCCUCCACCACCACCGCCACCACCUGCACCUGUUCAGAGCUACGCAGCUUCACCAGCUCCAACUGCGUACUCCGUUCCCACCACCAGCGGCUACGCAUCCCCACCUCCACCUUCAUACGCAGCACCCGCCAGCUAUGGAACUUCCCCACCUCCAGCUUCGUACGCUACACUUGUCUCUGACAGCCCUUAUGGACCCACCAGUGAUACUCCUGUAACAGGUGGCAACGGCUACAGAAGGUACCGCGUUUUCCGCAACCGCGUUCGCAGUGCUCGUCUCUAA